UGUCGUCCCUCCCUCAGACAUCGACGAGUGUUUCAACUCCACCAUCUGUGGCCCUGAUUCUAUCUGCACCAACACGCCUGGAGCUUAUGACUGUGCCUGUGAAAUCGGAUACGAACCGACGGAUUCACAGCAUGACCCAAACAAGACCAACAUCUGCAUCGAUAUCGAUGAAUGUGUCAAACACGUCGCCAUCUGUGGUCCUAACGCCAACUGCACAAACACAAUUGGAUCUUACACCUGCACCUGCCUCAGCGGUUAUCGGCUCAACAACCCCAGCGUGAUAGCCAGCUAUGCUAACCCAUGCACAGAUAUAGAUGAGUGCUUUGAGACUCCUGGAAUAUGUGGCAGACAAACUAUAUGCACUAACGUACCGGGCACGUUUUACUGUUCUUGUCCUGAAGGAUUCUUCCCUUCAACGGGGCUUUUGUGGAUUUUGGGCACAUCAUUCUGUGAAAACCUUCAGGACAUUCUAAAUGAGAUAGAACCCAAAGAGGGAGAGACAAAAGAAAGAGCUUUUCUGGGGCACAUGGAGCAACAACUGAUAGACAACGCUGGCAUGAUGGUGCCGGGCCCGACCGUGGCAAACAGCCUGUCGGCAUCGAUGGAAGUGUCGGGUGUUGGACCACUAGCCAGGUCGAUCACGGUGAGUAGUGAAGGAGACGGGGAGACGGGCAGCUUGAUUCUGGGCCUCUCUGACCGUUUAGUUGCUGCGAUGAUUCAGCCAGGUCAGAAGCUCAACAAGACCAACAUAAGGGGUUCAACUCUGGAUUUAAGUCUUGAAACUACCGGGCCUGGGAGUGACUUUGUGGAGAGGUCUUCUCUGUCAGCCAAAGGAAACACGAUGGAGAUCAACCUGGACGGUCUGGCCAAAAACAACAACGGUUCUGCAGCAGUCGCCUUCCUGACUCUAGAUGGGAUGGAGAGUCUUCUCAGUCACACAUACUUUCAAACAGAAAACAGGACAGAGAUGUAUUCCGACGUCAUCACCGCUAUCCUGCCCUCCGUGAACAACACCAACCUCACCGAGCCGGUCAACUUCACCAUCCAACACAGAGAGAGAAACAGGCAGGCAGAGUCUGAAGCUGGUAUGGUGACCUGUGUGUACUGGGAGGACAAAACACUGGGAGAAGGUAACGAGGCAGCAAAACAGAAGAUCAUGCGUUGGUCGGUAGAGGGCUGUGGGGUUGUGUUCACCAACGAAAACUACACCGUGUGCAGCUGCUCUCAUCUCUCCACAUUUGCCCUCAUUCUGCAGAUUGCAGAGCCUCCACCACAGAGUGACUUCUUAGAGUGGUUGAACCGGAUGUGUGUGAUUGUCGGACUGUUCUUCUUUGCGUUGGCCGUCUUCACCUUCCUCCUGUGCAGCUGGAACCCAAAAAUCAACAACACAGCUCGCCUUCACCUCUGCCUCAACCUCGGCUCGUCUCAUCUGCUACUACUGUGGAACGACAGAUAUCUGGAAGAGGAGCUGGCCUGCACUGUCAUGGCAGGACUUCUCCACUUCUUAGUUGUUGCCAGCUUUGUGUGGAUGCUGCUGGAGGCCCUGCAGCUUCAUCUGCUGGUCCGAAGGCUCUCCAAGGUGCAGGUCAUCCAGAGAGACGGUCUCCCCAGGCCGCUGCUCUACCUGAUUGGCUACGGAGUUCCGUUUGUGAUUGUGGGCGUUUCUGCGCUGAUAUACUCUGACGGAUACGGUGCUACUGAAGCACAGGCGUGCUGGCUGUCUGAAAAAAGACACUUCAACUGGGCUUUAACGGGGCCGGUGAUAACUGUCCUUGGACUUAAUUGUGUCCUGUUUGGAGCUACUUUGUGGAGUCUGAGACCUACUUUGGCCAACAUGAAAAGUGACGUCUCUCAGUCCAAAGACACAAGAGUGAUUGUGUUCAAGAUCCUGGCCCAGUUUGUUAUUCUGGGAUGUACCUGGAUUCUGGGCCUGUACCAGACAAACCUCUUCUUCCAGGUUCUCUUCAUUGUUCUCAACUCUCAGCAAGGAACCUUCCUCUUCAUCGUCCACUGCCUGCUCAACAAGGAGGUGAGAGACGAGUACAUCAAAUGGCUGACCUGUUCCUUCAACAAGCCCAGAGAAAGAGGAUCAGUGAAAGAUGUGCCGUCUGUCUCUGAGGAUGUGGACAAGGCCGACUAACAGACAGACUGAGUGGAGCAGUUCCUUGUUGUUGUUUAGCUGUCGUGCCCUUCAGCUCUGUCUGCUAUUAUUCAUCGUGGCAUUUUCUGGUUUUGAUUAGAAACAAUGGCAUUACCAUCAAUAUUGCUGUUAUUUUCCUUUAAAUGAUGCUCUGUGAGUGGCUAUUUAGGCCAUGUUUUUCUGUCAUCCAGGAACUUAAACUACAAAAUUGUACGCAUAUGUACAUGGCUUUAGGAAUCUUCUAAUAGAGAAAUCACAGUAGCAAUUACAUGUCAAAUAUUUACCUCUUCUGACUACUUUUGUAGACUUAUUUUCCAUUUCCGACUUCCUCUCAUCUGUUCUUCACUGAAUUAAUUUAUUUGUAAAAGAGGAUAGCUGUGCAUGCACUCGCUCUGUACUAUAAAGCUUCUUGCAUGACAUAUAAGCAGUAUUUUUGUGAACACGUUUGUACUUUUUGUGCACUUUGCCUGCUGGGCUUUUUGUUCUUUUAAAUCCAUAAUAAACUUGCGCUUGCUUCAGA